AUGCCACUGGAGAUGGAGCCCAAAGCCAACAAUCUCGUUUUUGGGUGUCAGCGAAGCUCCACAUCGGAUGAUGACUCUGGCUGUGCCUUGGAAGAAUAUGCCUGGGUACCCCCAGGCCUCAGACCAGAGCAGGUCCAGCUGUAUUUCGCCUGCUUGCCAGAGGAGAAGGUCCCUUACGUUAACAGCCCUGGAGAGAAACACCGAAUUAAACAACUUCUCUAUCAGCUGCCACCCCACGAUAAUGAGGUGAGAUACUGCCAGUCUUUAAGUGAAGAAGAAAAGAAGGAACUGCAGAUGUUCAGUUCUCAGCGCAAAAAGGAGGCACUCGGCCGGGGCACUAUUAAACUACUCUCAAGAGCAGUGAUGCAUGCGGUUUGUGAACAGUGUGGUACAAAAGUAAACGGCGGUGAAGUUGCAGUUUUUGCCUCAAGAGCUGGGCCUGGUGUGUGCUGGCAUCCCUCAUGUUUUGUGUGCUUCACAUGUAAUGAGCUGCUCGUUGACCUUAUCUACUUCUACCAAGAUGGGAAAAUUCACUGUGGCAGGCACCACGCUGAACUUCUCAAACCUCGAUGUUCAGCCUGCGAUGAGAUCAUUUUUGCUGAUGAGUGUACAGAAGCUGAGGGUCGCCACUGGCACAUGAAGCACUUCUGUUGCCUCGAGUGUGAAACAAUCCUGGGUGGACAGAGAUAUAUCAUGAAGGAUGGGCGACCAUUCUGCUGUAACUGUUUUGAAUCUCUCUAUGCGGAAUACUGUGAGACCUGUGGGGAACACAUUGGUGUUGACCAUGCUCAGAUGACCUAUGAUGGACAGCACUGGCAUGCCACGGAGACUUGCUUUUCUUGUGCUCAGUGCAAGACCUCUUUGCUUGGCUGCCCUUUCCUUCCAAAGCAAGGGCAGAUUUACUGUUCAAAAACCUGCAGCUUGGGAGAGGACGUUCAUGCCUCCGACUCUUCCGAUUCUGCAUUUCAGUCUGCUCGAUCUAGAGAUUCCAGGAGGAGCGUUCGCAUGGGAAAAAGCAGCCGGUCAGCCGACCAGUGCCGCCAGUCUCUCCUCCUCUCACCGGCCCUCAAUUACAAAUUUCCUGGCCUUUCAGGCAAUGCUGACGAUACUCUUUCUCGUAAGCUGGAUGACUUAAGCCUUUCAAGGGAAGAGGCAAGCUUUGUUAACGAAGACUUCUGGAAAGGAAGAGUAGAGCAGGAAAUGCCUGAAGACCCUGAAGAAUGGGCUGAACACGAAGACUACAUGACUCAACUUCUUCUGAAGUUUGGUGAUAAAAGCCUCUUCCAGCAGCCUGCUGAAGUAGACAUUAGAUCAAGUGAACACUGGAUUUCUGACAGCAUGGUCAAGAGCAAGUUGGACUUGAAAAAAAAUAAUCCAAGCCUAGCAAGUAAGAAGUAUCAGUCAGACAUGUACUGGGCCCAGUCACAAGAUGGCUUGGGUGACUCUGCCUAUGGCAGCCACCCAGGCCCUGCCAGCAGCAGGAAAAUCCAGGAGCUAGACAUGGAACACGGGGCGUCAGGAUACAAACACGACCAAACUCCAUGGUAUGGAGGUUCGCUUGAAUGUUUGUCUGACCUGAAACAGCAAGAGCAAAGUGUUCGAGACUCAAUGGAUUCUUUGGCUUUGUCCAACAUAACAGGGGCUUCAAUGGAUGGAGAAGGCAAGCCACGGCCAUCUCUCUACUCUUUGCAAACUUUCCAAGAACUGGAGGUAGAGGACUGUGAGAAAAUGAGCAACAUGGGAACUCUGAAUUCUUCAAUGCUCCACCGGAGCACAGAGUCCUUGAAGAGCCUGAGCUCAGAGUUGUGUCAGGAAAAGGUCUUGCCAGAGGAAAAGCCAGUGCAUAUGCCUGUACUAAGAAGAUCUAAAUCCCAGUCUAGACCGCAGCAAGUGAAGUUUUCGGAUGACGUUAUUGAUAAUGGAAGUUACGAGAAUGUUGAAAUACGUCAGCCUCCAAUGAGUGAAAGGACACGUAGGCGCGUUUACCAUUUUGAAGAGCGUGGAAAUCGGCCUUCUCAUCAUCGUAGAAGAAGUAGGAAGUCUCGUUCAGAUAAUGCACUUAACUUGGCCACAGAAAGAAGAUGCUCUCCAAGAGAGAGAUUUCGUUAUUACUCCCCUCAGGAUCAUGAAAAAUUUAUUCAAAAUAGAAGCUCACGUGAGAUUCGGGCAUAUAUUCAAAAUGCGGAGCUGUACGGACAAUAUGCCCAUACUAGGUCUGAUUAUGCACUGCGGAAUCAGGUGGUUGAUAAAUUUUUUGGAUUGUAUGGUGACGAAGAUGACUCCUGGUGUUCAACUUCAUCCUCGUCAUCGGAUUCUGAAGAGGAAGGAUAUUUUCUAGGACAGCCAAUUCCACAGCCACGAUCACUGAGAUAUCCGUACUAUACAGAUGACCUUUCUGGUCCAACUACUGCGUUAUCUAGUUCUCAGUUUGGACAAAGGACAACCAAAUCAAAGAAGAAGAGGGGACACAAAGGAAAAAAUUGCAUCAUUUCUUAAUUUGUUUUUAACAGUUGGGAAGACCAGUCAACUCCGUAGCUCCAGUCUGAACCACAUCUUUUUAUAUUAAUAAUUGUACUUAGGCAAGUUGCUAAGGUUCUUAAUGCUUUGCCAGUGUAAAUGAUAACCCUGCCAGAGUUUACAUUGUACAAGUAACAUUCAGAAAUGUCACCAUGCCGAAUGAUGAUCUGCUCAGAUAUUGCUAGGUUUACAUAAUAUGUUUCAGCUGUCAAAAUACUGUUACUGCAGUUCUCGAUACAGACGUUUUGUAGACAUUUUAUUUUAUGCUCGCUAUUCACCUAUGUUGAAUUAUCUGAGAGAGGGGAUUCAACAAAGAUCAAUAAAUACAAUUGUCAGUCCUGUGCUGU